UCAGCGCUCUAGUGGCAAUACCUGACGUGAAAAAUGUAAAUAUUGUUGUUGACGCGGUUGUUUAAGGAGUGGGAGGCGCUGAAAUGGAAUACCACUUUGGCACAAAUAAACGGAAAACUUUUCCGAAUGCGAAUGUGGCAAAUGAUGCAACAAAUUUGAAAUACAAAAAGAAGUAUAAUGCUAUUAAAAGAGUAAUAAAAGAUUUAGUGUUUGAAAAUGCUGCCUUAUGCGACCAAGUCUCCCAGAUGCAGGAACAGAUCGUAAUUAGAAAGGAAGAAAGAAGAUUUUUGUUGAAGAAACUUUAUCAUCUGCAGACAAUUGCAGAAGCUGACAGUCAAGUACAAGCUCCAAAAACUCAGACUUCAGGUGUGAAUUCACCUUCUCCUGCUCUAGAAACAAACACCUCUGGGAAAAAAAUCUCAGGAAAGAAGAAAUCCUUAGAAAUUAUUGAGAGCUGGAAGGGCAGUCUGAAGCAAAAGAAGUCAAGUUUGAACAAAACAAAAAAGAUUGUACAACCUAUUCCAUUAGAUAUGACAGGAAGACCAGUGUUUCCAAUAGUUCUCGGAGGACUCACAGUGCAUAGUUUGGGUGAGGUUGUGUCUGAUAGACCUGAUUAUCAUACAGAAGAGUUCAUUUUUCCUGUGGGUUUUUGCUCAACAAGAGUUUAUGGGAGCCUUCUAGACCCAGAAAAGAAAUGUGUGUACACUUGCAAGGUUCUUGAUGGAGGAACAUUACCCAGGUUUGAAAUUGUGCCAGAUAAUGAUCCAGGAGCCCCUCUUGUUGGCAGCUCUGCAAGUGAAUGCCACUCAUUGCUAUUACGCCGCAUCAAUAUGGCUGUUGGAAUUGAUGUGGUCAACACCCAGGGCAGGGGCCCGGAUUUCUUUGGAUUUGCACAUCCAACGAUUCAGAAUCUUAUACAAAGUUCACCUGGCACUAGAAAAUGUUCGGCGUACAGAUGGAGCAAAUUUGAGGUUAAUCGGGCAAUUGAACCACCACCUGAGGAUAAUGAUGCAUCUCUCAGUUUUGAUGCUCUUCAGCGAAGCAUUGGCUUCUCCAAGACUGUUGUAAAAACUGAACCCUCAGAGCAGCUUUUACGGGAAUCAAGUGCUACUCUUAGAGAUUUAUUGAUGUCUUGAUGGAAUCUAAAUGUUUACAGAGAGAAUGGACAUUUGCUAUUCAGAUUAAAUGUCAAGAAAUAUUAAUUUAAAUAGUUAACUUUGUGUAUAUUACACAGUCAAUACAUCGGCAUUGUUCAUGACUGUACUCAAGAGUUAUGACAUGAGGCGAUGCAGUUGAAUCCUAAUCGCAACAUGCAUUUCAUGGUGUAAUUUAUAUCUGCCGUGUCCAUUAGCAUUAUGCAAGUGAUUGCAUAUAAUGAAAUAAAAAAGGGUUUUGGUGCUGUAAAUGUCAAAGGAAGAAAGUGCAAGCCAACAUUUACGUGUCAUGUGUGAAAUACAUAUGACUCUUAAUAGCAUCAGGGAACUACCUGUAUGCAUGCAAAAACUGCUGUCUCUCGCCAACCUAAUAUAUACAGCAUGGAAAAGAGUGAUGAGUUUGUGAUUUUGUUGGUAAGGAACCAGAGAUCAUGAAUCGUGGAAAUGACAGUACAGCCAGUUUUUAAAGUAAGUUUGUGCUGGAAUACUAAGAUAACAGGUGAGAUGAAAUAUAGGAGGAAAUUUGAUGAGGAUACAGGAAGGAGUGACUACGAGUAUUCUGCAAAAUGAAUAGAAAGAAGCAAAAAAUAAGUGCACGGAAUAUGAUUGGAUUAUGUAUAGAUGUUAAUUUCCGGUUGUGAAAAUAUAUGUUUAAGGUUAAUGACUAAAUGAUAUGUAUACACCCCACCAUCUUGUUAAUUUAUUCUUUUAUCAGCAAUUAAAUUUGAUUGGUUUUAUGGCUCAACAGAAUGCGAAGCUAAUAACUGAUACUUUGUGAGUGUCUAUUGAAAAUCUAGUGAAGAAGUAUUACAUUACUUUACAUUUUUAUUGAUCCUUUUGAUCAUUUGUUGUACAAGGUGUACAAUAUGACAUUGGACAAGUCAUUGUGAUUUACAAUACAUGUUUUUAAAUCAUACAAGGAUAUUCACAUUGAUUUAGGCUUAAUAUUAUCACAACUGAAGGUUCAGCUUCCAUACAUUAUAUUUAACCUUGGCAAUAAAUUUUU